CUCAGUGUUGGUCAAGUCUGAUCUUAAGUGAGCUCUAACUCGGUGCCGCCACAACACUGGUAGAUUGUUCCAGGAGUCCACAACUUUCACUGGAAAAAAAGUUGGUUAAUAUUAGACAGAGAAACCUAAAUCAUAUACCGGCGUGAAAGACUAAGAAUGCCACGAAACAUUGAGAUUAAGGCCCGUGUGAAAAACUUGGUGCAGCUACAUCAACUUGCUGCCCAGCUGUCAAAUAGCGAAGGUGUAGUGCUACACCAAGAAGAUACAUUCUUUAAUUCUCCAAAAGGAAGAUUGAAGCUACGGGUGUUAAAGGAUGAUAAAGAAGAACUGAUAUACUAUGAGAGACCAGACCAGGAAGGGCCUAAGUGCAGUGAUUUUGAAAAGGUUCCUGGAAAAAUUGGAGAACUUAGUGGUGAUAUGUGUAGAUUAUUGACUCGAUGUCUCGGGGUGAAGGGAAUGGUAAAAAAGACACGAACAUUGUACAUGGUUGGCCAGACGAGAGUACAUGUCGAUUCCGUGGUUGGUCUUGGAGACUUUAUGGAACUUGAGGUUCUACUACAAGAUGAUCAAACCAUUGAGGAGGGGGAGAAGAUUGCAAAUGACCUCCGUGAUAAGCUCAAAAUAAAAAAGGAGGACUUGCUGUCAGAGGCCUACAUGGAUAUGAUUCUGAAGAAUAAGUGACGUGUUUUUCUUCAUUAAAAUUAAGAAAGUGCAUCUAGGCAAAUUUUUUUUCUCCACUUCAGUUACUUUAUAAAUAAACUACCCCUUCUCUCUCAAACUACACCGACUCAUCUGAAGUGUCACAUCAUUAUGAAGUUUUGAUCCUUCAUGGGCCUACGGUAUUUGAAAAAAGGGGGGCGGGCCUGGCCACAUUAUGUUGUCAAGUUGGUAUUAAUCUUUUACUCACUCACUCGUGAGAGCCUUCCAGCUUGUGUGAUGUAGGAAUCUCGCCCUUGACACACUUUACCACGUGUUUCUAUCCCCCAAGUCUAAUACAAAUAUUAUGAUCAAUUACUAGAGCAGUAAUAAUAAUUGUUAAUAGUAAUAACGUAGUACAACAAAUGUCCUGUCCUUCAUACCGAUUACAAGUUAGUGUUGUUUACCUCAAUACUACUGCAUCACGCACACAAACACACGCCACUUAACAAACAAUCUCAACUCUGCCUUGCCCUGUUGCCUACUUGUGAUAAGGACAUGUAUUUAUUUCCUGUUAUGUUAUGCAUGGCCAGUUUGUACGACAAAUUGUUUUUUAAAUGUUCCCAAAUAUACCCUCUUGGGGGAUGCUGACCAUAGCCCAGGGGUUGAAGGCAUCUUUCACUCCUACACAUUUCUCAUCUUGCUUUACCUCACUGCUUUGCAAUUCUUAUUAAUGUUUUUUUUUUCACGGUCAUCAAAAAACUUUUCCUUUAACCACCAUAAUCGACCAAGAAUCGCAAGUUUGCCUCGAAUACCAGUCACUCCACCUACUGUACACAGAAAGAUAUCAGCAAUUUAGUGAGGUUAUUGGCAUCAAAAUGUCAAGAAAUAUAAGGCACUGUCAAGUA